UAUUAUAAUAAUUGUUUAAAAAAAAAAAAAAAUGUACACGCACUCGUACGUGUAUAUAUAUAUAUAUAUAUCCAUAUGUUACACAUUACGACGUUUCAUGCACAUUCACGCAUAUGUAUUUUUCGUUAAUGCUUGAAUACACGAUCUACGGCGAAAGUCUGUCUGCUCGAUCGCAUGAAAUUCGUCUAGAUAGAUUACGUCAUCAUCAUCAUCAUCAUCAUCAUCAUCAUCAUCAUCAUCAUCGUCGUCGUCGUCGUUGUUAUUAUUAUUAUUAUUAUUAUCAUUGUCAUCGUCAUCGUAAUCGUCAUUGUCAUCAGUCGGUGCUUUCCUUUUACUUAUCGACUAAGACGACUAUGACGACUACGAAGAAUAUGUUGGAAAAGGAGAAGAAAGAGAAAGAGAAAGAGAGAGAGAGAGAGAGAGAGAGAGAGAAAGAGAGAGAUAGAAGAAACGGAAGGAGUAGCCGAUGUGUUUGAAAAGAGGCCGGGCCAAUCCCAGCUUUCGGUUGUUAUCGUGAGUUCUCCGGCUGAGUUCAUCCGGGGAUGCGAACGCGAUCGUUCUUUAGUCACUCGCUACGUAUCGUCGCGUGUUAACUCAAUCUCAUUCGCGAUUCACGUCUCCCUUCAUCACGUUUCUCUCGUCAUUACGCGCGUAACGAUACCAUUCAUUUCGACAGCCAUUUCUUUUCUCUUUUUUUUCUCUCUCUCUCUCUCUCUCUCUCUCUCUCUAUCUAUCUGUCUCUCGUUUUCCUUUUCCGCUCUUUUUCUCUCUCUUUUUUCUUUUUUCCUUUUUAAACCUUCCUUCUUUUCAUUUUCCUUUUAUUUCGCUUCAUUUUAUUUCUUUUUUCUUUCAUCGGGUGAUCUCGAUAACGCAGCUGAAGAGAGGGUGAGAUUUCGUCGAGGGUGAGCCUUUUUUUUCGAGGAACAACAGAUAACCGAAAACGAAAAUGUCAUCGAAGGAGAGUAAGAUGGACGAGCCGAUCUCAAAAACACUUGAACAAAAUGGACGAAACAUUAAAAAAGAAGAAAUGCAGCUCGAGGAUAUUAAUGACAAUAAUAACGAGAGUAUCGAGGUCGAAAUGGUGGUACCACCGGACGGUGGAUGGGGCUGGGUGAUCGUUGCAGCAUCCUUUCUCUGCAAUCUAUUCGUAGACGGUAUUAUUUUCAGUUUCGGAGUUUUCCUCAAUGACAUCACGGAGGCAUUCAAUGUGUCGCAUGCUAGCGUAGCAUUGGUUGGUUCCCUUCAAACAGGAUUCUAUUUAAUGGCCGGACCAUUCGUAUCAGCUUUAGCGAACAGAUAUGGUUUUAGACUGGUAGCAAUACUUGGUAGCAUACUUAGCUGCCUAGCCUUCGUCCUUUCAUACUUUAGUGCGUCCAUAGAGUUUCUUUAUGUUUCCUACGGUGUCCUCGGUGGUAUUGGAGUUGGUUUGAUAUACGUUCCUGCCGUUAUAACAACCGGCUUUUACUUCGAAAGAUGGCGAGCUUUGGCAACCGGUAUCGCAGUGUGCGGCUCCGGAAUCGGUGCCUUCUUAUUAGCACCGAUUUCGGAUUUACUUAUAAAGUCCUACGGUUGGCGAGGUGCCCUCCUUUUUCAAGCAGGAAUGCUGUUGAAUUGCGCCAUAUUCGGUGCGAUGUUUCGACCAUUGAAACCAACGCGAAUCAAGAUAAAACCAACUCAGGAGAAUGCUGUUAUCGAGGCAAAAACAACGUUAAUCGGUAAAGGUGUUUCGACGGCCUCAUUACAUUGUGUUCAACCAAACAGAAAUGGAUUUUUUGGUACCAACAACAACACCGAGUAUCCAACAGCGGCACAGCUUAUUGGCAGCAGUCCAAAUAUAGUAAAUACGUCGAAGUCAUUGUAUUCGCUUCAUAAGAUACACGUGGAGCCGAGAAAUUUAGAAAGAAAGUUGAAUACGUCGGAGAAGAGACUAUCGGCACCGAUAUAUCCCGAUCUCGAUAUAGAUCACGAGGAAACCAAAUCGAUCGAGGAAGAGAACAAUUUACUUGGCGGUGAUAUGGACAGACUUAAUGGCAAAAUACCGACGAUACGCAGACAUACCAUCAGUGGUCGCAGACUUCGUGCAGACUCGGAUUGCAGCCAGAAAUCUUUUAGAACGUGCAACAGGCGAAAUACAACGAGCAAGGAUCCCCAGAGACCAUUCUACAGAGAUGAUAUUUUUUAUGGAGGAUCUUUAAACAGAUUAGCGCACUACAAGUCUCAACUAUCCUCGGUUGGUUAUCAUAUGUCUGUGACACGAUUGCCAACGGCCACCGAUGUCGAAGAGGAAAAGAGCGGUAGCUGUUAUCUCUGUCCGGAGAGCGUGCGUCGAAUUUUGACGACUAUGCUCGAUCUCAGCCUUUUAAAGAGCCCUUCCUUCCUGAUCCUCGCCAUUUCCGGUGGGCUCACAAUGAUGGGCUUUUAUACACCUUUCAUCUAUCUUCCAGAUCGUGCCAAAAUGGCUGGAAUUGAGGCUUCAUCGGCUAUGUUUCUCGUUUCUGUCGUUGGUAUUGGAAAUACCAUAGGUCGUGUUGCAUGUGGCCUAGCAGGUAGUAUACCUGGCGUUGAUGCUCUCGUUGUUAAUAAUAUAUUUAUCAGCAUUGGUGGAUUAUUAACCAUGCUAUCUGGAUUAUCAUUGACCAAAGGAUAUCAAUUCUUUUACGCCGUCUGUUUUGGUCUCAGUAUAUCCGUGUUCGCAUCGCUGAGAUCGAUUCUCGUGGUAGAUCUUCUAGGGCUAGAGAAGCUGACGAACGCAUUUGGAUUGCUCCUACUGUUUCAAGGCGUGGCAGCGGCCGUAGGCGCGCCUCUUGCAGGAGCAUUUAAGGAUGCAACGGGUAGUUACGAUGCUUCAUUCUAUCUUUCUGGUAGUUUAAUCUUCCUUUCGGCUGCGAUCUGUUAUCCUUUGAAGAGGGUCAAUCAAUGGGAGAAGCGCAGAAACGAAAAUAAGGGCAGUGAUGACUCGUUAAAAUCCUGAUCGAAAGUGAAAAUUCCUAGAGAAUAGAACCAUAGAACCGAGAUUGUAAUUUUUAAUGUUCCUAAACGUGUAAUAAACGUUCGCUAUCGCAUUUUAAUGAUCGAAGCUGAUCCUACGAUUCUGUUUAUUUGUAAACGUAAAUAAUAAUUUUGCCAUUAUAAUAUUAUUAUUAUUAUUAUUAUUAUUAUUAUUAUUAUUAUUAUUAUUAUUAUUAUUAUUAUU